AUGCCUGCAGUUUGGUUUGCUUUGAAGAGAUCUUUACAGUGCAAAUCAGAGCCAUUGGAUGUUCAUGAUCCUAAGGGGAAUGGGAACGGGAAUCUGAGCCAUAUAUUGACAAGGAAAUCGGGCAGUGGACGGUCUGGAUGUUCUAGGUCUAUUGCAAAUCUGAAAGAUGUAAUUCACGGAAGCAAAAGACAUACAGAGAAGCCACAAAUUUGUAGUCCAAGAUCCAUUGGAAGUAGUGAACUUUUGAACCCAAUAACGCAUGAAGUGGUGUUAAGUAAUUCAACUUGUGAACUAAAGAUCACGGCCGGAUAUGCUUUCCAAGAAAGUGGUGGCAGUGGUUCGACGUUUGUGGGCACGCUUAAACCAGGGACUCCGGUCCUGGGGCGGCUGAAGGGAAAUAAGCCUAGAGGAUUGGCUAGUCCUAUGAGGAGGACAUCUAGUAGCCUUUCCAGGACGAGUUCUGGAUUUGGGGUGAUUCCCACGAGGCCUAGGGCCUCCUUUGGUGCAGAUUCUAAUGGUACUUUAUUUUGCCAUAAAUGUGGUGAGCAAUUUGUUAAAUGGGAAGCCAUCGAAGACCAUCACCUCUCCAAACAUGCCGUUACUGAACUUGUUGAAGGAGAGUCCUCAAGAAAAAUAGUCGAAAUAAUUUGCCGAACGAGCUGCACAAAGCCAGACAGUAAUUGUGGUGGAAUUGAGAGGAUUUUGAAGGUCCACAACAUGCAGAAAACACUAGCACAAUUUGAGGAAUACCGAGAAUUAGUGAAGAUAAAAGCAACCAAACUUCCCAAGAAACAUCCUCGUUGUCUAGCCGAUGGAAACGAGCUUUUAAGGUUCUAUGGAGCAACAGUCGAAUGCAAUCUAGGCAUCGAUGGCUCCUCCAGCCUUUGUACAUCAGAUAAAUGUUGUGUUUGUCGAAUUCUAAGACACGGGUUUUCAUUGAAAAAAGGGGUAAAUGAUGGUAGUGUUGGAGUAUUCACAGCUUCAACAAGUGAUAGAGCAUUUGAAUCAAUCCAAUUACAUGAUGAAAAUCCUUCUAUAAGAAAGGCUCUAAUAGUGUGCAGAGUUAUAGCAGGCAGGGUUCAUAGGCCUUUAGAGAAUGUUCAAGAAUUGGCCGGUCAAUCAGGAUUUGAUUCAUUGGCUGGGAAAUUAGGUCCCCAUUCAAAUAUUGAAGAACUCUAUUUGCUCAGUCCAGGAGCUCUCCUUCCUUGCUUUGUGGUAAUUUACAAACCUUAA